AUACACAAACUGCACAGGAUAUUUCCAAAGUGAAUGGGGUUCACAGCUGAUUGCUCUAAAUGCAGAUUUCUGUUUCAACAGCUGCUGAAGGCCACUUAAAGACGAAGAGACUUCCUAACGCCUCAGCAGGAUGAACAAGACCAAGGGAGCUUUUGGUAGCCCAGAACUUUGGAGCCCAGGCUGCAUGCAGAGCAGCACCUCCCUCAGCAGUCUGGCACCACCCUUUGCAUUUGGACAGCAGGCGAUGGACACAGCCCUGAAUGUAAUCCUAAUCGGGGUCCUCCUCGUCAUCAUGGUGUCCCUGGGAUGUACAAUGGAGAUAGCCAAGAUCACAGCUCACCUCAGGAGACCUAAAGAUGUGGCAAUAGCCAUAACAGCUCAGUACAGCAUCAUGCCCUUGACAGCAUUCACACUGGGCAAGCUCUUCCAGCUGGGCACCUCAGAAUCCCUGGCCAUCCUCAUCUGUGGCUGCUGCCCUGGGGGAAGUCUCUCCAGCAUCUUUAGCCUGGCACUGAGAGGGGACACGAACCUCAGUGCUGUAAUGACCGCAUGCUCCAUGGUCCUGGCGAUUGGAUUAAUGCCACUGCUUCUAUACCUUUACUCUGGAGGACUCCAUGAGGGUGAUUUGGAGGGCAAGGUACCUUACAAAGGAAUCAUCACCUCCCUGGUGCUGCUGCUAAUCCCCUGUGCCAUCGGCAUCAUCUUGAAUGAGAAGAAACCACAGUACACUGGCCUUAUCACCAAGGCAGGGAUGGUUAUGCUUCUACUGUCAUCUGCUGCUAUAAUUGUUCUGUCUGUGGCCAAUAUGGGAAGCUGUAUCAUGGUUGUCUUCUCACCAUCUCUCCUGGGAACUUCUGCCUUAAUGCCCCUUACUGGAUUUCUGCUGGGCUACGCUGUCUCUGCAGCCUUCAAGCUUGAUGACCGGUGCAGGCGGACAGUGUGCAUGGAAACUGGCUGCCAGAACGUACAGCUUUGCUCAGUUAUCCUCAAGGUCACCUUCGCCCCAGAGAUCAUCGGCCCCCUGUACUUCUUCCCCCUGCUCUACUUGCUGUUCCAGCUUGGAGAAGGAUUUCUGCUCACCCUGGUCUUUCGGAUCCAUGAUAGAACAAAGCAAGCCAAUGCAGGUCCGUAAUUCCAAAGCUCAGCUGACUGCACAGAUGACUGAUGGAUGCACUGCUGAAUGAGAUCCUCCACCCACCACCCCUCUGAUGCUGCCAGUCCAGCUUUUCUCCACUGCCUUGAGAUGCAGACGAGUAGCUGCUCCAGACCUGCUUCAGGAUCACUUUACCAUAUCUUACAGCUGUGCUGGAGGACAGCUUAAUGGGAGGAAAAAACCCACUCAUUUGGAUCCUUGGGUGUGUGUUCAGAGCAAAGCAGUUGCUACUGGAAACAGAAAUGCAGGUGUUGACAAGACUACUAUAACAAAAGGGUUGUAUUCCAGCCUCUGGGUUAUAAAUGAGUGGAAGCAAAAUGGAUUCAGUCUUUUGGCAGGAAUCCCUUCCUCUUGUUUUAAAUGACCCAGUAAUUAUAGUUGUAGCUGUCACAAUCUUCCCCUAACCUGGUUUCAGAAUUGUCUAGUCUCACAUUUUUCUCUUUCGUCAGAAGAGAAAAAAAAAAAAUCUGUGCAGGUGUGACUACAUUUAGUGCUGAAGAAAUGAAAUCAGUGUCAAGACAUUGCAGAAAACAGUGGAAAACCAGGAAAACAAUAUAUGGAUUCUGCAGCAGUUGCUCUUCAACAACCCUCCACCCAGCUCAUAGGUGUCCAGCUGUUCUGUCAAAGACUUAUCUAUACACUCAUUUCACAGCAGCCACAGAGCCAUCUGCAACCACACUGCUAUUCUCCAAAGACCUUGCUCCAGACUAAGCCUUGCUCUGUCAGCCCAGAAAGGAGGAGACUUUCCACCUUCACAGUCAUUCUAACAAGCCUUUGGGACAGCUGAAGAACAUGCCAAGUGACUGUCCCAGUUUUACCUGUAAGAAAAUCACUGCCUGAAUCAGUUCCCUUUCUAAAUUUCACUUACCUGUAACUGUCCUGCUGGCACACAAUGGAAGCAGAUCCUGAUGGCACCACUGUAAAUUCAUGUUAUUUCUCUAACAGACCCAGAACGAGCUGUGAAGCUUUCUCCAUGCAGAAGCCAGUGAGAUUCAAUGCACAGCCAAGCAGCCCAUGGGCUGUUGGUUUCUCCCAUUCUCCAACGGGUACCAUGUGGUACCAACUGAACACCCAGAGCAGAAGCCACACAAACCAUGAUCACAGCUACACAAACUGCCUUGGUGAGCCGAGCUGGGGCCCAGCAAGCUGUACCUGCAAGACCAAUGUACCUUGAAUGUGCCUUCUUUUUUGCAGUUAGUGAACUCAACACCACACCUGUUCUAGACACCACCUAGGUAUGGUCACACUACACUACUACAGUAGCAGGAAAGAUUGGCAUUGACAUCCCCAGUGUCCAGACUAUGCCUUGUAACCCAAAGUAAUUACUCUUAAUUAAGAAUAAACAGAUUCAUACCAAGAAUGCACACUUAAUAAACAGAGUAAUUUCUGGCCAUAUAUCAAUGUAAGCCUCCACACUGCAAAACCUGGGAGUUUAACAGGAAGCUCAUCACUACACCAGCCAGCUCCCCAGGGAAAAUGCAGACAACUGCUCAUGCUGCUUGCAAGGCAAUUAAGUGGUGUAGUCCAGAAACAGAAUUCAGAACGACUAUUUAGAGAGCAGAUAAUACUUCACGUUUAGCCUAAGAGAAGUCGAUGAUCCCUUUCAUCACAUCAAGUGCCUUCAGCCACCUGGGUUGCAGCUGAAGCCAAGUCCCACUUGGACACAGAUGCUCAUCAUCAUCCAAGCUGGUAGGACUGACCGACUCAGGAUCUCAACACAGCUGACCUUCCACCCUGAUGAAUAUGAAUGCUGUUUUUACCCCUGUAAGUUAGAGCCCCCUUGCUCCACACCUCCUGGGGUCCAGCAUCUGCACCACUAAGGCUCUGAGAAUGAAGGCUCCCAUUCCCCAAAGCUGACUGGUAACAAUCCAGUUAACUGUGGAUCUCUCAAUGCCUGCUCUGAGCAGUCCCUGGCAGCCCAAUACACUGCCCCCUCCACAGACACAACACAGAACAAGAGCUCCUCCUCCUUCCUUGGCUUGGCCCACAAGACCUCUGCAGCAGCUGAGACAGGGCAGCAGGGCUGCCCAACUCCUGACCUCCCACAAGGCCCGGCCUUGCUCCGAGAGGAGCCACCUUGCACUUGCUAUGACCUAUCCAAAUACGAGCCAAGGCCACAAAGAUCUUUUUAAAGGUUUCUACAGAUUACUACAAGAACUCUUUAAAACACUUUGUAAGAAAACACGUGAUUUUAUUUAAAGAUUAAAUUCCUAAAUUCUCUUGUGCGUGAGGGCUUAAAAAAUAUAGGGAUUGCAGAGGGCUGCUGCCACUGGAAGCUACAAACACUAGAACACAGAACCUCAUGGUACGACUGCUGCAUUACUCCCAGCCACUGACUUAAAAAUCCCUCUUCCCCCAGAAUGACAACUAAUGCUUACAAAAACAGUUUUAUCUACACCUCAGUGCUCUCAUAUGAACAUGCACACAUACACUAAUGAAGUAUGCCGACUACAUCUGUCUUUAACACUCCACUUAUUAUCCCAAGUGAUUAAAAGCUAAAUGACUCAUCCACUCCACUUUCUGCCAUGAACUAUGACAGCCUGAUUAUCCAUGUUCUUAUUUCAGAACAGAGACAUCCAAGGACAUCACACCAUGUAUUUAAAAGGAGAGUGUUAACACUUUGCCACAGCUCCAUCUUUAAGAAGCAUUUUAACACGGUCACAGCCACUUUAUUAUUGACAGCAAGAAACAAGAGGCAGAAAUGUUUCUUUAUACUUUAUUUGAACUAUUUCAUUCUUAGGUAUCAAGAAAUAAGAGUGCUUUAUAGAAUAUUAUUAUCACAUGGCAGUGAAAUGGGCAUUUUCUUAGUGUAGUGCAAGUUAUAUUAAAUGAAAAUAUUUUAAAAUAAAGUUUUAUUACCAGUACCGACCAGCACUUAAUCUGCUGACCUAUAGCUGAAACAAUGUCUCAAAAGCACAAAAAAAUACCCUCUGAAAUAAAGCUUUAUGUACAGCACAUAUAGAGCUCUUAGACGCCUAAAGCUAUUAGUCUGAGAUAUUAAACUAAUGUUUUUGAGUUGCUAUUCACAGUUGAAUAUACUGAGAAUUAAGUGUUCAGAUGAUUUUAGAGUACAAAAAAA